AUGGAUAACGUAACGACGCGAUCCAAUAUGUCAACGGAAUCAUUUAUAACAGAAAUUCAUCCUGAAGAAAAAAAGGGGUUUAAACGACCUUUAGAUCAAGCUUUUAAAGAAAAUCGUCAAAAGAUUAUAUUAAAAAAACGUUUGAAUUUAACCAAGACUACUAUUGAAACUUGUGACUCGGGUAGUUCUUUUACCCAAACAUUAAAUAAUACUAACCUUUAUGAGAAGAGAAAUUACACCACCUUUACCCCGUUAAACCCCAUUCGUCAUAAGAGUCACACUGUUAAUAAAGAUUUUCUUAAGUCUCCUAAUUUGUUAAGUUUUACGUCAUUGAAUCUUUUAAAAAGCGAAUGGAAUCAAGAAACGUUUCUCCGUACGAAUGUAAUAAGCCAUCCAAUUAGACCACAUUCGUUUUGUUUUCCUUCAAUUGACGAGACACUGUUAAAUGUCAACGAAGAGUAUCUUGAAUUUCGUUACCCUAUUCCACAAUCGCUAACAAACUCAACAUUAGCUUUUAUACGGAAAAGACCAACAGACUUUAUGAAUAUUAACAAAGACUCUAACGAAGGUUAUCAUUCCUUGACCGAUAUGAAGCACAAACCAGUAGAUAGAUUGCAACCGAGCCAAUUCAUCCAUAUGUCAUCCACAUCCACUCAAAAAAAAUUAGGUCAUCUUAAUCUUAUGUGCGGCAUUCGGGAAAUUUGGUAUCAAAAAUAUCAACCUAAAACAUUUCUUGAUCUUAUAUCAGAAGAAUCAUUCAAUCGUCAAUUGUUAUCUUUACUAAACAAAAUUAAAAAAUCUCAAGGUUGCCAUAAGGUUGAUGUAACGAAAUCAACGUCUAGUGAAAACAUCCAAAAUAAACAAAACACUCAUUUAUUAAAAACGUUUGAAAUAAUGAAACCGAAGUCGGAACCUGAAAUGAAAAAUAUUGGAGCUAUUGCUGCUGCGCAACAAUCGUCGGUAGACAUGUCUUCAAUUGUGCUUAUUGCAGGCCCAUCUGGGUCUGGAAAAUCCUCUGCAGCCAGAAUUCUAGCACGUCAAGCAGGAGAUUACCGCUUCAGAAUAUAAAUCUAAAGAGCGCUUAAUUUCAAUGGUUAAGAACGUAGUAGGACUGGAUUCGAGCACAAUGGCAUGUUUCUUCGCAAGUGCACCAAUGAAUACAAAAACACACAGGGAUAAUUUGCUAAUUAUUGAUGAAAUUGAAGAAGCCGACUCUAAUGCCAUUGACGCUCUUUUGAAAUUGUCUCUCGUUACUGACAAGAGUGGUUUGGUUUCUAUUCUUAAACGACCCGUUAUAUGUAUUUGCACACAUCUUUAUCACCGAGUCUUACGGGAUUUUCGCAAACAUGUUAAAGUUUUAAAAAUUGAUAUGUUUUCUUCCACAAAAAUAAUCAAACGCCUUAAUUUUAUUUGUAAUAAGGAAAAUUUAAACAUUGAUGGAGAAGCAAUUCACCAAUUAGUAGCGUACUGUCAUGGUGAUAUGCGUUUAGCACUCAAUAGUCUUGAAUGCUUUGCAGGUAUUCCGUUGAAUUCCUAUGUUACGGUGGAUGAUAUUAAAGAAAUAUGGGGAACAUAUCAUGCGGACCGGAUGUUUCAAGAUGUUGAAAUUUUGAAUUCCGCAUUAACGAAUCUUCAUGAACCAGAAAGGCAAGUGUCUUUUUCUGCAAGGGUUUAUUUUGGUUUGAAUUGCUUUUGUUCCAUUUCUUAAUACAGUGAAUCCUCGUACUAUUCUCUUAUGGAUUUCCUAUCGUGCAGAUCUUUAGAUACUAAUAUUCUACAAACACUAUUACUAGAAAACAUUCAUAAAAUACCUUUUUCGGACGUAUUGUUUGUCAAAAUGUGCUGCUUGACGGACAUUAUUUGCCAAGUGGACUGCAUUGUUUUUUCAUCUGCAAAUACUAAAACGACUACUGCGUUGUCUCUCUUGUUCACUCAUCUGUUUUGCCGAAUACCAAAACGACAUAGCGCAGCCGAUCAACGUCGACUUUUGGCAUCGUUACAACCCUAUGCCUUCACCCUGUCAUGUCGAAGUGAUAUCAUUUUAAAAAAAAAACAGUUGAUACAAAAUUCUUUUAUUAAUAACUCACUUGCCUGUCUUCGAUCUCGGCUUAAGAGUACUGGCUUUACCAAAGAAAUCCUUUUCUUUUUAAUUCUACUAAUAACUCCGUCUUGCUUAUUUAAUGAAAACGAAUUGGGAUGGCGCCAAUAUCACAAAUUAUCUAUACGUCCAUCUGCUGGUAUACCUUUGGAAGGAGUUUUACGCGAACCACUUAAUCGUUUUCAUCACUUUUUGGAAAUUCUAUUAUGUUAUUCCUUAACGUUUUCAAAAAGCAUAUCGCAUGAAUUUGUUAUUCCCCCUGUAAUAUUUACCCCAAAAAAUACCGAUACAGCAAAAUUAUUUGGGAUUCUUUCCAAUCACUCCGACAACAUCUUUUAUUUUGACCCUCCUCUACAUACCUUCUUCCAAAGCUAUGCGCGCAACUUUCUUACUACUGUUACACCCGGUCGCAAAUCUUUGACAUUUUCUAAACUCGAGUCAACAACUUCCCAUACUUCUACAAACUUAUCACAAACAGUCUACAAUUUUUUAGAUACGAAUACGCGCUUUACUGGGUAUGAUUACAUCAAUUUACAACUCACUCGAGCACACUGUGAUCUACUUCGAAAGGAAUUAACGUUUCUCGGCGAGACUGGUGUGUUGCCUCAACCAGUACCAAAAUUGCCCACUACCUUGAUCCAAAACGCGAUUCCAAAUGCUCAUUCAGCUUGCAUUCAAAAGAAAAGUGUUGCCAUUAUACCUUUCGAAAACAUAUUAAUAGAUAUCAAUGAAAGACAAAAGCGUCGUUUAAAAUACGAACUCACUUCUUGGAGAUUUAAUUUACCACAACCUCUAGUCUUACCGCAACACCUGGAAAAAAAACACUAUUGCGAAUUGUUUGAUGCAGACUUUCGUUGCAACAAAUCCUUUUUUUACACAUAUGACCACGGAGACGCCAAGGCAGUGCAGUAUUAUCCCACUCUUAGAGAUAUUUUAAAUCCUGAAUAUAUUUAAAUGAAAGCAAAGAAAGCAUUGUAGAAAACGACAAACCACAAGGUACACAAAAUGAACCCAAUUCUCUUUUUGAUAAACUAACCAUGUUUAUAACGGAUUUUUUCUUUACUGCAUAAAGCUUAUUCGAAUUUUUAUUACCUGCUUCUUAAUCCAUUCUAUAUGUAUUCCAACUAUCG